UGACGAGGCUGAAAUUGUGAUGGAGAAUUUCAAGGCACAGGUCGUUGAGGUAAUGAAAUCUUUCAAAGAUGUGUUAAUACAGCGGGGAAGGCAGAGCUCUUUACCUCGCCAGCUUCUGGUGUUUGGGAGUCACUGGACCAGUAAACUGGAGUCAUUCUGGGAGGCUUAUAUGGUGGAGCCUGUACUGGUCAUCACCUCUCAGUACGAGGCGGCUGUGUUUGGAGGGGCCAAGCAUUUUGUCACCAUGAUCAGAGCAGGCGAGCGUUUGGCCAGGCUUGUGGAUCUUGUCGGCAGUGUCAUGGAGAUGAACAAGAAGAUGAUCGUGUUCACGGACAAUGAGGAAGAAGCGACUACAGUGUAUCGUACUCUGAGUGCAAACAGUUGUUAUGUACUUUUGGCCACAGUAGGGGCAGAUUUCACCCUGGUCCUCAGAGAGUGGCAUCUUCCUCACAAAGGCACCUCUUGUCCUGUAUUGGUGUGCACGGAUGCUGUAGUGUUUGAUCUCGGCAUAACAGAUGCAGAUGUUGUGAUGCACUACGGAAUGGCUAGCUCAAAGACAAGAUUUGGGAAUCGACUGAGUUGUGCCCAAGAUAACUACCGUAAUUCUGCCAGCCUGAAAGAUAAAACCAACUGCCCAAAGAGCUACAUAUUUGUGACUGAGAACUGUGGGCCAAUGGUUAUGUCCUUGGUGGAUCUUCUGGAGCGAACAAAGUGCCACAUUCCCAAAGAGUUAAGGGCAAUGGUCCAGGGCAUGUUAGAGGGCAAAGAAAGAGAUAACCCCAGGCCUUUGUGUUAUUAUUUGAAAGCGUUUGGAACCUGCAAACUAAGAAGCCACUGCUUAAAGAGGCAUGUAAUCCGACCAGAGCUGGAUAAGCGUCGACAGUUGACCAUGUCAUCCCUGCUCCCAAGUCAAGGUGAAGUGAAGGUUCUUGUCAGCUAUGUGGAAAACGCUAGUUGUUAUUAUGUGCGUAUUCUUCAACACCGUGUCCUGGAUGGAACGAUUCAACAAAUGGACACUGUGUACAACAGACUAAAUGACGCUCUCCAGGCCUGGUUUUCUAUCUCAGAGAACAGAUUUGAAAAUGGCCCUGUACUGUAUGGAGACCUAUGCUGUUACCCAGAAGAGGAGCGUUAUUGUAGGGUUCAGAUACAAGAUGAGGGGAACGUGGAACACUAUGCCACACAGAGACACAAAUCCGUCAAGAUUUUCUAUGUGGAUGAAGGCAGAACGGAUAAAGUCACCGCCUCUUCCUUGUUGAAGUUACCUGAUAACUUCAAAGGAAUUCCAUUCCAGGCUGUAGAAGCUUACCUGUGUCGUAUCUCACCUGUGGACAGUGAUACAGACUGGGUGCCCAAGGCUGAUGCCUUCAUGUGCUCUCAAGUGAGGGAUAUAGAACUCUGGGGUAAAAUAGUGCUGAGCUUGGGGGGUACUCUUUGGUUAGACCCCUUUGUGGAGAGAGUUUAUCAUGAGACCAUCAAGGUGACCACCACCAACACACAGAUCCGAACCUUACUCAUACGCAGAGGCUACGCCAUUGAAAAUCCACAGCACCUGGAGUUGUUGUACGAAGCAUGCAAAGAUAAAAUGGAACUGCCAGAUUACAGUCGCAGUGUACUGGAUGUGGAACCUGAGGUGGAGAGUUUACCUGUGGCAUUAGAGGACGUCUCAGGUGAAGAGAGCUCAGAUACGACCACACCUGUCUUCAUUUCUGCAUGUGGCACACCUGAAUGCUUUUACCUGAGGCUUGCUGAGAGAAACCAAGACCGGGAGGAGCUGAUGAGCAGAAUGAACAAAGACUCUAGUCAGCAGAAAGUUGUUCUGGAUGAGAAGAAGAUCAAGGCAGGCACUUUGUGUCUAGCCAAUUUCUACAUUGAUGACAAUUGGUAUCGUGCUAAGAUUGUAUCCGUGGGAAAUGACGAUAAGGUAGAUGUGCUUUUCGUGGAUUACGGGGAUACAGAGACGAUGAGUGUACAGGAUAUUAGGGAGAUUCCAGAGAAGUACCUUAGGCUGCCAUUCCAAGCCAUGGAGUGUGGGUUACCUGAUGUAGCACCUGUGGGAAGCUCAUGGCAGGAAGAUGAUGGUGAUGCAUUGUGGGAGAUGGUUUGCCAUCAUAAUGGGGAUUUCAGAGAGCUGCAGGCCAAGGUAAAAGGGAGGCGAAUAGCACAGUGUAUCGGCGCUCAUCGCCAUCUGGUGGACCUGGUGUACAAGAGUUGUGAUGAGGAGGUGAAUGUCCUGCAGGAGAUGGUUUAUCAUAAACAUUGUCAGGUUGACAGCACCUCCAUACAGCCACUGUUUCCUCUGUCUGUGUGUGGGGCAGAGAGUUCAGGUGCAGACAAACUUCCCCAGAGGCCAGUAGACCUGUGUAGGUCUAUCUACAACACCCAGAACCCUCUGGUAUUACGCACCAUGACCCUGCAGUUGGGGAACAUGCUGAAGAGUAUUGUGGAGGAUGUAUCUGUGGAGGAUGAAGUGAAGAAAGAGGUUAUCAGUAAUCUGUGGAAGCUGAUCCGAUACUCCCAGCAUGCAACAGUCGUCACCACCCUAUUGCCACUUCUUACACAAUCAAUUCGUCAGUGUCAAAGCCUGCUGUCCAGUGUGUUGGAGAGUCGCUUUGUGACCCAUCUUUGCUGGCAGAUAUGCAGGAGUAAGUCAUCUGAUGUGAAACUGUCCUGUUUGAGAAGUCUACUGAUCUUGUGUCAUGAAGAAAUGGUUAACGUUUCACUGGCUAAGUUGGAGAACAUAGAGGCACUGCUCACUACAGUGAAGCAAUCCGAAUCAAUAAAGGUGAAGACACUGACUACAGAACUGUUAGCGAGGAUGUGUACAGCGUUACAUAGUGCCAGGACAAUGGCUAAUGUCAAGGCUGAGAAAGGAAUUGAUGUGGUGUUAAAACAAGUUUCACUCCAUAAGGAUGACUCUGAGUUUGCUGAAGCCUUCUGCCAUUUUUGCUGCGUCUUAGGGGAUCACCAAAAGGAAGAGUAUUAUACAGACUUCAGCAAAGAUGGCCUCCUCAAGUUAGUGGUGCAGUUAAUCCGUGACACUAACAAUCACCAGGUCAUUCGCUGGACCACUCAGUUAAUGCACCGUCUCUCAGAGAGAAGUAGACGAAACAAAACGCUGAUGUUAGAAGCUGAAUAUGUGCCUGUCCUAAAGGGAUUGCCCCAGAGAUUCCCUGAGUUAACACUUGAGCUGUCCAGCCAGUGGAAUCACCUGCUGACCUCGUUAGAUGUGAAGGCACCGCGUGAACACCUAUCAGGUGACAUGUCCAUGGUGGUACACGAACAACUGCCCAUGAACACCCAGAGAAAUCUGGGCAUAAGCAUUUCUCCUCAUGUCAGCUGGUAUCAGAACAGUUUCCGUGUUGUGCUUAGCGUCAAGCUGACUCGUGUUACAAAGAAGUCUGUGAUGUACAAUGAAAACUCUGUACACUUCAGAGCUGUGUGUGAUGGGAAACUGUACGAGUUUGAGUUCAGUCUCUGUGAUAAGAUCAUUCCAGCCAAAUCUCAUGAGGAGGUCAGGCUGAAGGAAGUGUUAAUAAGCCUAAAGAAGGAACAGAAAGGUCGCUGGAAGAGACUACUGAGAGAUAAGGAAAAGCCAAGCUUCCUUUCCAUUGACUUUGAGAGGAUUCGAGACAGUUCAGAUUCUGAUGGGGAAGAUUCCGACGAUAACCUCUUCAUCGUUAAGCACUCUACAAGAGGAAAACCAUUACCGCGGAAAAGUUCCACGAGAAGUGCCACGGCAAAGAGUGUCGAAGAAAAUCCUGGUUUAAACACAUCAGCUAGUUCUGACUCUGAUGACAGCUUGGGCAAUCAGAAUUACGACGGUGAUGAGUUUGAUUUCUUCGAUAUCUAGAUCUCCUCCAUUAUUGCAAAAUCUGUUAAUACCUGUACAUGCUUAUAAAGGCAGUUUGUUUAAUAUCUUUUAUCAGUAUGUAUUUAUUGUAAAAAUGCAUAAUGAUACAUGUAUGUUAAAAUGUAACAGGUGAAUAGAUUUUUUUAAUGUUUUGUGACUGCAUUUUAGAUUUGAACUUUAAAACUAUUGACUGUUUAACCAGUCAGAUAAUGGACAGUUUUUGCAGAGUAUUCAUCAUGUAAUGAGUGAAAGUAACACAUACAAAAUAUAUUUUAUGUGUUAUAUGCCAAAGUGUCACAUGUAUGUUUUGUACUCAGUUAAAAUACAAUAAAAAUACCCAUAUGUUUUAAGAUAUUUACAUUACUCAUUGUGCUUUAAAUGAGAAGAAAGUGUUUUUAUUUUGUAUGUAAUCAUGAAACCAUGGUGGUCAUAAAAGCACAUAAAAGGUGGUCAUCUUCUGUGUUUGAGUAGUGAUGCAUUCUUGUGCCAUCUUUCCACACCAUAAUUUUGUCAUCUUUCUACCUGGGAUUAAAUGGAGUUGAUAAUCACAUUUUCAUACUGUAACAUAUGAAGGAUGAGACAGCACCUGGUUAAGACAUAUUUCAGGUGAAAGCAGGAUGUUCAAAAUCUCUAAAAAGUAUCAAAUUUCUUUGUUUUGAUGUGAAUUCACCUAGUCCGAUGUAAAAUGAAACAACAAUGCUGAGCCAUUGGCUGUUGUGUAUAGAGGUACCCAUUUUAGCCAAUCAAACAUGUUGCUGUCAGAUGUCAAUUCCAGAUCAUUUUCACUUCGUUUAGUCGUGUGUAAUGGAGAGGCCAUUUCUACCACAGAUGCAAAAGCAGUUAAUUUAUGAGCGGUGUAACAUUCAGUGACAAUGUCACUAAUCCUGUUGGACUGUAGCAUGAUGUCUUGGCCCGAACUGUAUUCUGCUCAAUAUAGGCUCUACUUAGUCAUGCUGUUCAGAAUACACACAAAUAUAAAUGUUGUUAUUCAUUUAAAGUGUACCACAAGUAGUUCAUAAAUAACAAAUGUGUAAGCCAGUGAAAAAUCCCUUGGGAAGGCUGAAGGUUUAUGUGAAUGAUUUAUUUAUUUAUUUGAUUCAUGUUUUACGCCGUACUCAAGAAUAUUUCACUUAUGCGACAGUGGCCAGCAUUAUGGUGGGAGGAAACUGGGCAAAGCCCGGAGGAAACCCACAACCAUCCGCAGGUUGCUGGCAGACCUUCCCACAUAUGGCCGGAGAGGAAGCCAGCAUGAGCUGGACUUGAACUCACAUCGACCGCAUUGGUGAGAGGCUUCUACGCCUGCGCGCUAACCAACUGAGCCAUGGAGGCCCCUUAUGUCAAAGAAGACAGCACUUAAAACACACAAAAAUUAAGGUAUGCAAGAAAAGAAACCCUGAAACAAAGAUUAUGGUUUUGAGGGAAACCAAGAAAGUUACGCCAAAAAUAAAAUU